GGUGCCUAAAAGCGUGAAAAUGUGCUCAAGAGCGAGCCUACAAUUGUGUUGUGGUUCAUGUGAAGAUUUAGUGGACAUUUCCUGACUCUAAUCUGUGAUGAAGUUGCAGUGAAAUUUCAUUUGAUUUUCUUUGAUCGAAAGGUCGUUCGUGUGUCUGAAUGUUGGGUUUCGUGGAAAGUUGCACAGAAGAAGGUCUUUUUGAUGACGAUUUAUGGUUUAUGCAAAUAAUAUUUGUUAAUAAAUUUGUUGAUGAAUUGGAAUUUCUAUUGUUGACCACUAGAGAGCGCAAGCAAUCAUCUCUCGUGUGUUUUUGGAGGAGGAAAUAGCUGAGAAAAUGCUUGUGAAGCGAUAAAAAUACAGUGUGCAUUACAUUUUUUUUCUACUCCUUCAUCUUUGACACUCACGAAAACAUUUAUCGUAACCACACAACUGACAAGAGAGUUUUGUACGCACGCUUGUGCAGUGAUUUUAUACCCAAGGUUGCAAUGUUUUUCUGUUUUUCGCCAAUAUAACUCAAUAAAGUGAUUUGAAGCGUGUGGAAUGAUGAUUGGUGUGCAGUGUUGAAUUGAUAGCAGAAAAAAAGAAAGAAAGAAAUAAUAGAAUUGACGCGGUGGAAGGAAAGAAGCGAUGUCAGUGCGCAGAACUUGCUUUAGUGGACGUCUCAUGUCCGAACAUUAUUACUUCACAAUUCCAGAACUGGAACAGAUGGAAGGCAUGGUCAGUGAUGUGAAGAUGAACAGAACGGUGUCACAUGAAGCGGAAGCGUCCACAGACAUGACAACAUUUGAUGAUCAUGCGGAAGAGAAGCGUCGAUGGCAAGAAUAUUGGAGCUGUGAACAGAGCAUAAUUGGGGCCAGGGCGUCGGUGAUGGUGUACGAUGACAUGAACAAGAAGUGGGUGCCGUCGGGCAGUUCGUCGGGACUGAGCAAGGUGCAGAUCUACCAUCAUCAGCAGAACAACACAUUUCGCGUGGUUGGGCGCAAGCUGCAGGAUCACGAGGUGGUGAUCAACUGUUCGAUACUCAAGGGGCUGAAAUACAAUCAGGCCACGACAACAUUUCACCAGUGGCGCGACUCGAAGUUCGUUUAUGGGCUCAAUUUUUCCAGUCAACAGGACGCCGAGGCGUUCGCCCGAGCCAUGAUGCACGCCCUUGAGGUGCUGAGCGGUCGCGUGAUUCCCACAACGGCCCCACCCCAGCAGGUGGUGAACAACAACAGCACGGCGUACGAGGAGGAUAUGGGCUACAGGACAAUGACACGCGAAGACGCUGCCAUCAUACAGCAACAGCAGCAGGUUGUAGGACAGCAGCAAGGCAUCGCGCCGUCGCCACAGACGCCAACAACACAAAUUCCACAGAGUCCGCCGACACCUCAGGGACACCAUCGCACCAGCAGUGCUCCGCCGGCGCCGCAGCCGCCGCCGAUGGCCCUGGCGCCGCAGGGCUACGGCCAGCAAGUGGUGCAGCAGCCCGGCGGCCCGGCGUACCAGCAGAUGCCGGGCGGCUACGGCGGCCAGCCGGUGCAGAGCCAGCAGUUCAGUCAGCAGCCCAUCUACGUGUCGUCGAGUGGCCAGCAGAUGGCGCACCAUCUGCAGCAGCAGCACAACCAAAACGGACCAAUCUACGUGUCAUCGCAGGGCGUGCCGGCGGGCCUGCCCAGCUCGGCCAGCACCACGAACGUGUACGCGCAGCAGCAGCCGCCGCCGAUGGGCUACGGCCAGAGCAACGGCCAGACGGCGGCGCCCGCACAAGUGCCAAUUCCGCCGCAGAUGCCGCCGCAGGCGCCCCCGAUGCCGCCCUCGUUCGGCGGCGGCGCCCCACAGCCUCCGGCGGCCCCACCGGCCCCCGGGCCACCGCCGCCACCUCCGCCGCCGACCAUGAAGAGCGACGGCCCGGCGGGCGGCAUGGACAUGAGCACGCUGGCGGCGCAGCUGCAGAACGCGCGGCUGCGGCGCAACCAGAAGACCACCCCGCCGCCGGCGGAGAACAGCGGCAGCAGCACGAGCAGCGGCAGCAGCGGCAACUACGGCACCAUCGGCCGCACCACCACCGGCAUGGCGUCCAUGAUGGACGAGAUGGCCAAGACGCUGGCCAGGCGAAGAGCUCAGGCGGAGCGGAAAGAGCCGGACUCUGACGACCUGAAUUCGUCAAAGCGACCGUGGGAGAAGUCAAAUACGCUGCCGCACAAGUUGGGCAGUGCCGCCGCGGCGGGGAACUCGUCGUCGCCGGGCGGCGGCGGCGGCGGAGGUGGAAAUUCAACGGGUGGCGGACCGGAGUCGCCGCGACCACAACGAAAGCGAUUCGGUAGCGCUUCAGAAGAGACAAUCCUAAAGCAAGUGAACGGCGAUGGACUCUCACUUCCUCUCACGGCGGAACUCGAUAACAUUAAGGCUGAAAUUCUACGCGAAAUGAGAAUUGAAAUAAGUAAGGCGAAACAAGAGAUUAUAGAAGUAAUUAAAUCGGAAUUCAACCGGAGGUAAAAAAAGAAAAAAAAAUUCUGUGCUGAAUUUUUGGGGAGGAACAAAGGGAUGAUGAUGAAGAAGAAGAAGAAGGUAUGUCACAAUAACAAUUUACUGCUCCUCCUCAUGCAACUAUUGUGUAUUAUUAUUGAUGUAAUUUAUGAUGUAAUUUUAGGGGGAAGAGAGAGAGAGA